AUGAGGGUGCUCUGUGCCUUUCCUGAAGCCAUGCCCUCCAGCAACUCCCGCCCCCCCGCGUGCCUAGCCCCGGUGGCUCUCAUCUUGGCUCUGUUGCUCCAUCUCUCCCUUUCCUCCCAAGCUGGAGACAGGAGACCCUUGCCUGUAGACAGAGCUCCAGGUUUGAAGGAAAAGACCCUGAUUCUACUUGAUGUGAGCACCAAGAACCCAGUCAGGACAGUCAAUGAGAACUUCCUCUCUCUGCAGCUGGAUCCGUCCAUCAUUCAUGAUGGCUGGCUGGAUUUCUUAAGCUCCAAGCGUCUGGUGACCCUGGCCCGGGGACUUUCACCUGCCUUUCUGCGCUUCGGGGGCAAAAGGACCGACUUCCUGCAGUUCCAGAAUCUGAGGAACCCGGCAAAAAGCCGUGGGGGCCCCGGCCCGGAUUACUAUCUCAAAAACUAUGAGGAUGACAUUGUUCGAAGUGAUGUUGCCUUGGAUAAACAGAAAGGCUGCAAGAUUGCCCAGCACCCUGAUGUUAUGCUGGAGCUCCAACGGGAGAAGGCAGCUCAGAUGCAUCUGGUUCUUCUAAAGGAGCAAUUCUCCAAUACUUACAGUAAUCUCGUAUUAACAGCCAGGUCUCUAGACAAACUUUAUAACUUUGCUGAUUGCUCUGGACUCCACCUGAUAUUUGCUCUAAAUGCACUGCGUCGUAAUCCCAAUAACUCCUGGAACAGUUCUAGUGCCCUGAGUCUGUUGAAGUACAGCGCCAGUAAAAAGUACAACAUUUCUUGGGAACUGGGUAAUGAGCCAAAUAACUAUCGGACCAUGCGUGGCCGGGCAGUAAAUGGCAGCCAGUUGGGAAAGGAUUACAUCCAGCUGAAGAGCCUGUUACAACCCAUCCGGAUUUACUCCAGAGCCAGCUUGUAUGGCCCUAAUAUUGGGCGGCCCAGGAAGAACGUCAUCACCCUCCUAGAUGGAUUCAUGAAGGUGGCAGGAAACACAGUGGAUGCAGUUACCUGGCAACAUUGCUACAUUGAUGGCCGGGUGGUCAAGGUGAUGGACUUCCUGAAAACUCGCCUAUUAGACACACUCUCUGACCAGAUUAGGAAAAUUCAGAAAGUGGUUAACACAUACACCCCAGGAAAGAAGAUUUGGCUUGAAGGUGUGGUGACCACCUCAGUUGGAGGCACAAACAAUCUGUCAGAUUCCUAUGCUGCAGGAUUCUUAUGGUUGAACACUUUAGGAAUGCUGGCCAAUCGGGGCAUUGAUGUUGUGAUUCGGCACUCAUUUUUUGACCAUGGAUACAAUCACCUCGUGGACCAGAAUUUUAACCCAUUACCAGACUACUGGCUCUCUCUCCUUUACAAGCGCCUGAUUGGCCCCAAAGUCUUGGCUGUGCAUGUGGCUGGGCUCCAGCGGAAGCCACGGCCAGGCCGAGUGAUCCGGGACAAACUAAGGAUUUAUGCUCACUGCACAAACCACCACAACCACAACUAUGUUCGAGGGUCCAUUACACUUUUUAUCAUCAACUUGCACCGAUCAAGAAAGAAAAUUAAACUGGCCGGGACUCUCAGGGACAAGCUUGUGCACCAGUACCUACUGCAGCCCUAUGGACAGGAGGGCCUGAAGUCCAAGUCAGUGCAGCUGAACGGCCAGCCCUUAGUGAUGGUGGACGAUGGGACCCUCCCAGAACUGAAGCCCCGCCCCCUGCGGGCCGGCCGGACAUUGGUCAUCCCUCCAGUCACCAUGGGCUUUUAUGUGGUCAAGAAUGUCAACGCUUUGGCCUGCCGCUACCGAUAAACCCCCUCACACCCACAAGUCGCCAGCAGGCCUGCUGGACUGCUUUCCACUCUUCUGCCCUAAUGGUAUCAGUAUUUUUCAGGCAUCUUCUGAGCAACAAACCAGUCUCUGCCGCCCCAUCCUGCUGGAAUCAAUACUAACUUGCUCUCCAAAGAGACAAAUACCCUAGCAUGAGCUUAGCCUAGGUAGGUCACUUCUACCCCAAAGGAAAAUGUAGACCUCUUAAGCACGAAGGUAUGUGUGUAGAGCCGUACGCACCCUUGUACAUGCACCAUGAGAACAAGCUGACAGUGCACUUCCAGGACAAAUGAAAUAACUCCCCACAAUCCUGGUCACAUAGCAAAAUAACUACAGACCUUAGCCUGUGGCUGCUGCCCUCGGCAGAAGAUGAGGAAGGAAAAAAACCCGGUGGACAUUUGAGAGCCCAGUCCCCCCUAACUCCUUUCCUUUGUUUGUUCCCUGCUGUUGCCCUGGGUUUCAUAUCACCUCUCCUCCCAUAGGGGAGCAAGUGGGUGAGUCAGUGCUGGCCUGCUGGGCGAGCUGUUAAUGUAAUUUCCUGGCUCAUGUAUGAGUGUGUGCAUCUGGGUUUCUGACAGUGGCAUCAAUCACUAGCUAUUCCUCUGGGAAGCGGGUGCUUCAAAAGUAAAAUUGCAAUCAUACUCCAGAUUUUGUAAGAAGGUUCUAUUCCUCUGUGAAUCCAGAUUCCCCCAGGGCUGGAAUGGAAGUCAGGUAACAGUAUUCACUGAGUGGACAGCAAUGUAUCAGGCAGCACAAAAAGCAGUCAUCAUCUGUCACGUGGCUGCGAGGGAGAGAGUUUCAGUACAAAGAGAAAGCGCACCCAACCACCAAACACAGACACACACACACACACGUGUCCCUCGGCUGAACAAAGCAAAUAAUUAGACCUACCUCAAUUUUGAGAGCAUAUUAAGGGCUUGAUAGGGUAAGUCCUUAAUGGUUUGGUUGACCAAAACCAUUUUAAAACAAGGGAUAAAUCAAAGGUCAUCACAACUGUAAGACACAACUGAAUCUAACCUUUCUGCUUCUUCCCAAGUAUCUGAGUGCUCUCAAUGUCUUGUACUAGGCAGAAAUCUAAUGUGCUCAUGAAAGAUGACCAGGUCCAUGCUCUCCCAGACCAGCUUAUCUGAGCAUAGAACUAAGCUUUCAGUUCACCACGUUGGGGAAGGGGGAUCUGGAGACUGAGGUCUGAUGGGGAAACUGUGGAAUGGGAGGUGGGAGGCCCCCGAGUUGGGCAGGGGGGAGUGGAGUGGUGUAAAGUUCACGAUGGGGACCUUCUGUAUGAUUCAAGAGGUUUGUGUGGGUCUUUGCAAAAAAGCUGCAACUGAAAUGACUUUCUUUUCUGUGGAUAUGAUUUUCUUUUGCAGGAUGAAUGACACAAAGGAUGUUUUUUUUUUAAGGAGGAGAUAUUAGACAAUGUCACAGGGUUCCAGUAGAGAGAGAUACAACUUCUGCUGAUGUGAAAGGAUAGAAAUGGAAGAGAGGGGCAAGGUGGCUGAGGCCAGAGGCCAGGGAGACUGCCUAAGGAGGAGUUAGGAGCAGGGCCAGGUCUGCAGAGUGAGUGAUAAGGAAGACUAGAUGGGAGCAGGAAGGGACUCAGCAUGGAGAACUGGGAAUCUGGGAGAGGGAAACCAGCAGGCUCAGUUUACACGACGGGAAGAGAGUGGAGUCAGUUUUGACCUAAGCUUAUUAUCGGGUAGAGGAGGAACAGCACCAGGAGGUGUGAAGUGGGAAAGGGGGAGACUGAGGACUGGCUGGCCUCGGCCAGUGGAGUCUCAGCCUGGAAGCAGCUGCAGAGAGAGGACCAGACCCUGGCACAUCCCCGCAAGGCUGCCCAGAGGGGCCCCUCGUCUCACCGGAAGCAGGCCUCUCCACUGACGCUUCAGAUCUGGGAGGGAGGGAAGUGCCAAGACUGGGGGUAGAAAGGCAGGGAAGAAGCAGCAGAGGAAAGUGAAGAAGAGAAGGGAAAAGAGAUAGUACAGAUAGCAGAUAGCAAAGUCUCGUCUACAUACUGGUACAGCUGCAGGCCCCUCAUAAUAACGGGGGUAACCAGAGGUCCCUGCAGGCUGGCCCUGGGCUAGUUUGCUUUACAUACAUAGCCUCAGCUAGGCGAGUUACUAUUCUUAGCUCCAUUUUUCCUAUGAGGGCUGGAGAGGGUCUGUAACUUGCUCAGGGUCAUCCAGGGGAAUGGGUUGCUGAGAUCAGAAUAGUCCGGAGCCUGUUCAUUUAACCGCCCAGCUCAGCGGCUGCCCAAUUCACAGACUCACCUCUUUACCUCUUCAUAGGUUCUGCUAAUUCAGUACAGCCAGGACCUCUGGAGCUCCAUUCAGACACACUUUCUCUAAAUAAGUGUUGACUCUUCACUAAGCCUCUAGACUUGCAGAAUAUAGGCAGUCCCUGCUUCUUUUGUCUUUAUAUCUUAAAUACUGCUCCUAAGAGGUUUAAGUUUUGGGUUUGGGUUUUUUUUCUUUUUUAAUUAAUAAAAAGGGAAGGGAAUCAAUGAAAUUUAUCUUUGGAGUCCUGCAAUUCUAACUUUGCAGCCGCCUCAUGGAAGAAGUAUUUGCAUUGUACAAAGGAUACCGAGACACUCACUAUAACAUCACAUUCUGUAAGGAUUUUAGUACAGGGCAUCUGUCCUGGCUUUCUCAUUUAGGGGUGAGGGGUAAUUACUAAAUCAGUAGGGAUCCCCCCUUAUAAGGGAUUGUCCUACCACACUCCCCCCAAAAGACAGCUUGUGGCAAAACUCAGCAUCACGCUGCACCUCAGGGGAGCAGCUUGCCAGGCUGGGCCCCAGGACAAAAGAGCUCAUCAACCAGCUUCCCCCCAUCAGAUUUUUCCUCCCAAAACAAGACACAGCCGAGAUAGUCUUAAGACUUAAGAGCCACUUUAUUUUAAACAAAAGAAUGUGCUUGCACAAAUGCUUCUUUGAAAGCAUAAUAAUGUAUAAUGAGAAGUUUGUGCCUUUUGUUGAGAUGGUUUUCUGCUCCCCCUGCCUCUAAGAAUGAUUUUCUUUCUCCUUUCUUAUCACAAAGGCUCAGAACAAAUGCUCAUUGUUAUUUGAAGAGAAAGUCUCAAUCUUCCAGUGCCCUGAAAAAGCUGCAAGUGUGGGAUAUUAGCAUUAUCUCCAGCUGGAGACAAGCUUGAAAACACCAGACCUGGGCUACAUUGAGCCUAAGGCUGGGGACUCCCAGAACCACAAUUCCCAAAGGCCCACUGGCCCUCCGUAGUCCCUGCCCCUCCCCAGCUGUUGGGCAGUCCCUGGGCAGAUGAGUCCCAGCCCUGUACCCUCCAACAGGGCACAGGUUGUGGGCAGAUUCUGCCUGAGAGGCCUCCCCCACCACAGCUCUCAGCACCAGGGUCCCUCAACGGUGGGGAGGACCCAGCAGGACUGAACUGCUGAGCAGCCGUGUGGUCCAGGCCAGGCCCAGCAUCUGCAGGUGGGCCCUGCUGCCUGCACUCAAGGCCCCUGUGUUUGGGAUGGAUGCAGCUGCAGGAUUCACUGUGGAAAUGCAGUGAGAGCUUUACUUCUGAAAACAAAACAGGAAGUGUUUCAUCUCUGCAAAAGCCAAGGCAAACCAGGUGGGUCCCUCGGACAAUAAAAACACUGGGACAAAGAAGGACUUUAAACUUUUGAAAUAUCAAUAGAGCAAACAAAAGUAAUAAAGAUAUGGCUUGGAGAAGGCAAGGGAAGGGGGCCAUAAACACUUCCCCCUCUCCCCAACCUCAACGCCACGGCCCCAGCCUGAACACUGCCCAUUGCUCUUUUCCACACCUUCUCUCCAGUUCCACAGCCUCACCUCUGCCAGCCACUCUAUUCCCCAACCCAGAGCCCAGGGAAAUCCGCCGUACUGAAAGGGAAUUAAGUUCUGAUUGUAGAAUAGUUCACAAUCUUUUUCUUAAGAUGUACCAGAAUUGCAAAUAAGAUAGUAAGGAGUACUCCAAGAGAAAUAGUUAUUAUAAAGCCCAAGAGCAUUAGAAUCCCCACCUCUGGGUUCUGCUAACAGUUUCUGUAACUGCCUUCCCGUGCCCAGUCCUGGUGGUGGUGACUAGCUGGGGCGUUCAGAAGAACCGGAGUGGCAUAACUAGAAGUUGAACCCAGAUCUGUCAGAGUCCAAAUCCUGCUCUCAUCGCACGGGGCUCACUCUCGCUGGACUGGCUAUGGCCAACUUCCUGUCACCUCUGCUGCCCACAGCUAGCUUUCGUGAGGUCCUGGGUGUGUCUACACAGAACCCUAGCGGUGCCUUCGCCCAGGAGAGUUGAUCUCAGGGUUUGGAGGGACUGACCAGUAGCUCUGACGAGUAGUGAGUCGAGCUGUGACCAGCCUUAGCUGUAGAAUUUUGAAUCCAGGCUCACCUUGGCCUACCAGGGGCCCUCCGGGUCUGCUCCUCUCCUACGUUUGUCUGGGGCCACUCCUACCGCUACCACCACCAUAGGUGAUGACUCUUGGUAUUUCAAAGCCCCAGAGGUAAGUGGCAGAGCCAGUCAGCACCCACACAGGCACUGCCUCUGAGCACUGCUCCUCCCCCCCCACCACCCAGAGCUUUGGAAGUUUCUCUUCACCUUCCCAGACUAAGUAACAAAUCCAUUAACUACUGCCCUAGGGGUAGUAUUUGCAAGUAUCACUGUAAAGCAAGAAAGCCACAAUACAGCAAACCAACUGCUUCCACAUCCAUUUCCUUCUAAACAGCAGAGCAACCCCAGGGGCCCUGGGAGCAUCUGGGGGAGCACACCAAGCUCCACAUGACUGGUUCGAGAGUAAACCCCACUGUCCCGUGCGCCCAGCAGAGAAAAGGGGGGCCCUUCUUUGUAGCCCACGUCAGGCACAUUACUCUUCUAAUUAUUAUUCAUGAAAAUAGUCUCGGAUUCUUUUUCAAGUUGUAAAUGUUACAUAAUAAAUUAUAUUUUGGGAAGAAGCAAAAAGAAACCUUAGUUUUAUUCAUCUUGAAAUUGGCAAAAUGAGUGCAGGAACACCUCCCAGGGAAAUGUUCUCUGUGCAGGGGAUUUUAACAGGUGUUAAUAUUUUCUUCCACGGAACGGAUUAUAUUAAGGUUUAUAUGAGCCUGGUGAUUGGCAGAGAGUUUGGGUCCCUGAGGUAGUUCAUAUCUUGAGGUAAUGUUCUGUAAGUAAUAAAAUGUGGAUACUCUAA